CUCAACUGUUGAAUCUCUCUCCUUUCUCCUCUCUCUCUCUACUCUACUCUGUUUACAGAGAGCUCUCCCAACUUAGGGUUAGGGUUUUAACGAGAAAUCACACUCCUUUCUCUGCUACAACAGCUCAACAGACAGACAGAGAGGGAGGGGGGAGGGGGCUUUUCUGAGGUUUUAUACGUAUUCUUUGAGCCCUUUUAGGGAUUCAGCUAUGGGUUGUGCUUGGGGCGUGAUCAAAUGGUACCAUCUCCGGAAGCCGCUGAAACUGCCUCUUCUCUUUUUUUUAUUGGCUCUAGCUGGCGGCGAGGUCGUUUCGGGCCUGGAUUCGGACAAAUCGGCUCUCUUGCAGUUCAAGCGCUCGCUAUCGGACCCUUCCGGAGCGCUUGCGAGCUGGGAUUCGAGUGGUUCUGAUCACUGCUCAUGGUUCGGCGUUGCCUGCGAUUCGGGCUCUCGGGUCGUGGCUCUCAACGUCACGGGCGGAGGUAUUUCUGGUUCUUCUUGCUCUUGUGCUAAAUUAGCUCAAUUUCCUCUUUAUGGGCUUGGUAUUAGGAGGACCUGCUUUGGUAGUAAGGUUAAAUUAGCGGGUCGUCUUUCGCCCGACGUUGCGAAGCUCACCGAGCUUAAGGUCUUGUCUCUUCCUUUCAAUGAGCUGAGCGGUGGAAUUCCUCAUGAGAUUUGGGAAAUGGAAAAGUUGGAAGUUCUUGAUCUUGAAGGCAAUUCGAUAACCGGGUCUUUGCCGGGUCAGUUUGGGGGUUUACAGAGUUUGAGGGUGCUCAAUUUAGGGUUUAAUAAGAUUGUAGGGCAAAUGCCACAUUCGUUGUUAGGUUGUGUGAGUCUACAAGUCUUGAAUUUAGCUGGGAAUCAAGUGAACGGCACAAUCCCGGGGUGGGUUGGUGGGUUUAGAGAUUUGAGGGGGCUUUACUUAUCUUUCAAUCGGCUUGAGGGUUCAGUUCCAAAUGAGAUUGGAGAUAGUUGUGAGAAACUUGAGCAUUUGGAGCUUUCUGGCAAUGCUCUGGGUGGUGGGAUUCCGAGGAGUUUGGGGAAUUGUACUGGGUUGCGUUCGCUUGUCUUGUAUUCCAAUUUGCUUCUAGAGGUUAUUCCCGCUGAACUUGGUUUGCUGACUAAACUUGAAGUGUUGGACUUGUCAAGGAAUAGCAUAAGUGGUCCGAUACCUUCUGAGCUUGGAAAUUGUGCCAAAUUAUCAGUUCUUGUGUUGUCCAAUUUGUUCGAUCCUCUUCCAAAAAUCACUUAUCUAGAAGGUGAUUCCUCAUCAGGGCAACCCAGUCCAAUCGAUGAAUACAAUUUCUUUGAAGGUCUAGUUCCAUCAGCAAUCACAACACUUCCAAAGCUCAAGAUGAUGUGGGCGCCCAGAGUAUUUUUGCAGGGAACACUUCCCGACAACUGGGGUUCCUGUGAAAACUUAGAGAUGGUGAAUUUUGGCCAGAAUCUUUUCGCUGGGGAUCUCUCCCAAGGGUUUAGUCAGUGCAAGAAACUUCACUUUCUUGAUUUGAGCUCCAAUAGGCUGACAGGGGAGUUUAAUGAGAAACUUCUGGCUCCAUGUUUGACUGUGUUUGAUGUCAGUGAAAAUCUUCUUUCAGGAUCAGUUCCUAGAUUUAAUUACACUGAUUGUUCCCAUGUUCUUCCUUCCUUGGGUGGAUAUACCUUUGAGCAAUAUGGCUUACCAUCUGCUUAUUUGUCAUUUUUUGCCAGAAAAGUACAGACCGGAUUCAAUUUGUUGGGCGAUGGAGAUGUUGGUGAUUUUGCAGUUUAUCACAAUUUUGCUGCAAAUAACUUCACUGGUGGUUUGCGUUCAAUGCCAAUUGGACUUGACACUUUUCAAAAGCAGACGGUUUAUGCAUUUCUGGCUGGUGAAAACAAGCUAACUGGGCCAUUUCCUGGAGAUUUAUUUGAAAAGUGCGAUGGAUUGAAAACAAUGAUUGUCAAUAUCAGUGACAAUAGAAUAUCAGGUCAAAUUCCGGCAAACGUUAGUUCAAUUUGCAAAUCGCUUAGAGUUCUGGAUGCCUCUGGGAACCAAAUUACCGGGUCUAUUUCCCACAAUUUUGGCGAUUUGGUGUCUCUCUUUUCCCUUAAUUUGAGUUGGAACAUGUUGCAAGGUUCAAUCCCAAGCAGUCUAGGACAGAUAAGGGGUCUCAAGUUUCUUGCCUUGGCUGGUAAUAACCUCACAGGAACCAUUCCUACGAGCUUAGGCCAGUUGCAGUCUUUAGAAGUACUGGAGCUUUCUUCAAACGUUCUCUCUGGGGAGAUUCCAAAAGAUCUUGUGAAUUUGAGGAACCUCACUGUUCUUCUUCUGAAUAACAAUACACUCUUGGGGCAGAUUCCAUCUGGCUUGGUAAAUGCGACAACACUCUCAACGUUCAAUGUUUCCUUCAAUAACUUGUCUGGGCCGCUGCCAGUGAAUUUGACCAAAUGCAAUAGUUUUCUUGGAAACCCUUUUCUACGAUCUUGCGGAAUGUCGUCCUCAGCACUCCCAACUUCAGAAGAACAGGGUAGGAUUGGGGACGUUGGUUGGAAACCAAAUGCAGACGGUGAGAGCAAAGAUGAUGAAGACGUUGAAAGUUGGUCGGAGAAGCUAUGGUUCUACUUGAUUGUAGCUCUAGGAUUCUUCACGGGAUUUUGGGGAGUCUGUGGUAGUUUGACGAUUAAGAGACGGUGGAGACUUGCAUACUUUCGUUUUCUUGAGAAAAUGACAGAUAAAACCAUUAGAUUAAUUUUCCUAACUGCUAGUCGUUUGAAGAUGAUGUUUAAGAGAUGAGUUUAACUGUACUUAUAUUAGAUGUGAUUUAGGUUAUUGCAAAGGAGGGCUUUAUAUUUUAAGAAUAUUUAUGAAGUUUUUUAUUUUA